UGCCCCCACUCCCAACAUAAACAAAACAACUUUCCUCUGCGACUCCUUUUUGCUUUUUAUACUUUUUAAAACAUAAAAAGACAGUUAAAAGGAGCAACACAGAGCCUAGAAACUAAUAGCCUACAAGACUACCACAUCCAAAUUCCAAAACAUAGUCUCUCUCUCUCUCUCUCCUAUUUGAAAUGAACCCACAAUUCCACAAAUUCAAAGCUUAAGACUUUGCUAUAUAUCAUAUCCCUUUCUUCAUGUUUUGAAGAAAUUUCUUCCGUUACAAGGAACAGUAAAAAGCUAUUAUUAUUGUUUUGAAAAGAAACAAGCGAUGAAGAAGCUUCUGACUCUGUUCCUUUUCCUUGUUUCUAUUCAUGAAACCAUUAUUGUUUCAGCAUCAGCCGUGCAAGGCGGCCCUCUUGCUCCCUCUUUAUCCCCUGUUUCGUCAUCCUUUUCCAGUCCCGUCUAUGCUUCAAUGUCUGCAUUUUCUCCAGGAUUUCAACUGGGAAGCGAGGAACACAAAAAGAAGGAUCCACCCAAGAAAAUGUUAAUUGCUCUCAUUCUUGCUUGCUCUUCCUUGGCUGCAAUUAUCUCUUCGUUGUUUUGUUUAUGGGUUUAUUACAAUAAGAAUUCACACAAAUCCACCAGAAAUGAUGAUGCCGAAAAAGGGACUGGUUUGACACCAUUUUUUGGUAAAUUCAAGCCCACAAGGACAGUUUCUAAGGAGAGUAAUACUUCGUUCAUGGAUUAUAAGAUGCUUGAAAAAUCUACAGACAAGUUUCAUGAAGGUAAUAUUCUGGGUGAGGGUGGAUUUGGGUGUGUUUACAAGGCACAAUUCGAUGCUGGUACUUUCGCUGCUGUUAAGAAGCUGGACUGUAAAAAUCAGGAUGCAGAAAAAGAAUUUCAGAAUGAGGUGAAUUUGCUAUGUAAAUUUAAGCAUCCCAACAUAAUUUCACUGUUGGGUUUCAGCAGUGAAAAUGAAUCAAGGUUUAUUGUAUAUGAAUUAAUGCAUAAUGGUUCCUUGGAAACUCAGAUACACGGACCUUCUCAGGGGUCGUCAUUAACAUGGGAUAGAAGGAUGAAAAUUGCUUUGGAUACAGCUAGAGGAUUGGAGCAUCUUCAUGAACAUUGCAACCCACCAGUCAUCCAUAGAGAUCUGAAACCAUCUAAUAUUCUUUUGGAUUCAAACUUCAACGCAAAGCUCUCGGAUUUCGGCCUUGCAGUAAAUGAUGCAGCCCAUAACAAAAAUAAUUUGAAGCUUUCGGGUACUUUAGGUUACGUUGCCCCAGAAUACCUUUUAGAUGGUAAAUUAACAGAUAAAAGCGAUGUGUAUGCAUUUGGUGUUGUGCUGCUGGAACUUCUAUUGGGAAGAAAGCCCGUGGAAAAACUGGCACCAGCUCAGUGCCAAUCUAUUGUCACAUGGGCCAUGCCUCAGCUUACUGACAGAUCUAAACUCCCAGACAUCGUGGAUCCUGUAAUACGAAAUACAAUGGAUCUAAAACACUUGUAUCAGGUUGCUGCUGUUGCCGUGCUGUGUGUGCAACCCGAACCGGGCUAUCGGCCGUUGAUAGCCGAUGUUCUCCACUCGCUUAUCCCUCUUGUUCCUAUGGAACUUGGAGGGACUCUAAGAGUUACACAAGCUGCAGCCCCUUAACACCAAAAACUACCCCAUGUGUGUUUGACAUGUCUCCAUAUGCAAAGCAUUUGAUGAUAAUGUAUACCUUUGGGGGUGAAGAGUGAGGAUU